AUGCGCCGCGAUUGCAAAUUAGAUGGCCACACGAAGAAUAGACCUUCAUCUGCCAAAAUAGUUUCAUGCCUUAUCGGUAAUGUUGUAAAAAUGCCUCCCAUGAUUCCGUAUCCAGUCAAAGAAUUAGAUGAAUUCACUUUAAGUGAAAAUCAGGGAUCCCUCUAUGAUACUCCCUCUACAUCGAAGACACACCAAACGUGGGAAACACGCAUCAAGGACACUCGCACCCGCUUGAAAGACGACCAUGACAGAAGAAUGUUGGUCUUGAGUGACACUGCUAAGAAAGUUAUCAGCCCAUUUAUCAAGCCUAAUACAACAGCAGAGCAAAUAAGUAAGGACAGCUUUAUCCGAGUUUUUCCUAGAGAUAAGCCCAAACAGAUUGCUAUAGAGGACGACAUGACAGUUAUUGAUACAGGCGAUAAAAUAAUUUCAAGAAAAGUACCUAAUAAAAGGAGGAGGGAUAAGAGGAUAACAGCACCAAAGCCACCAUUGCAAAGCAAUAACCAUCGCCAUCCAGAUCCUCCUGACCCGCCAGCUCCAAAAAAAUUCCCGGGAAAUCUUCAAGUAGGUUCGUCAGUGGUUGGAAAAGGUUCUAAUCUUACUCACGGGCGCACUUUCUCAGACACCGAUAUUCCAAUAGUAGGCCCCGUUUUCCGUGCAAUGGACUCCAUAAUAGACAAUAGUAUGCCUCAAAUUAGUCCCUUCAAGAAGCUUAUCAAAGUCAUAAUAUUAGUCAUCAUUAUUUUCCAAGUGAACGUGAUUGCUGGCCGUUUAGUAGAAUAUAUCAAAGCAAUGACUGGACUUAAUUGA